AGUCAGUUAUGCACACAAAAUCAUACAAAAAUUAUCUACUUAAUCAGUGACCUCAACAAUCAAGUUAGCAAUAAAUUGUGAUUAAGCUUUAUGUUGUACCAUGUUGGAGCUAACAGACAAAUCAACAUUCCAACCAGAAACAUAUGCUAAGUACUAAGUCCCAAUCCUGUUAACAAUUGAUUAUGCAUAAAAAUGCAAAAAUUAUCAAAAAGAAACUAACCUAGUGUAUUGUAAAGUUUUCACAGUAACCUUGUAAAGGAAUAAAGUGGUUGCUCACCUAAUGACCAAUGAAAGUAGCAACUACAGCAAAAUUUAAAAGGGUUGUGAAAGCAAUGAUUCUAUUGAUACUUUCUAUCAUGUGGAAUUAGGAUAUGCUGGUGUUAUUUGCUGUUUUUCAAUCUAGGAAAUGUUAUAACUUGAAUUUCAACGGGAGUGAUAAUGAAAUAUCAAUUUUAAAAUAACAAUUCAAAUGAACUGUCAAUUUUUUGAGUGGCUGAAGUGAAACAUUAAAUAACAAAGUAAUAUUUCACCAGAUCUCCAUUAUUAAAUUGAAAGUCAAACCUUGCACUAUUUGACUUCAUUCUUAAAGCCUUAGUAACCUCAAGUACAGAACACCAGCAAAGCUCAAUCUUUGAUUGUUUUAAAAAAAGUUAAACGUGGAGUGGGACUUUAUUUUAGGAAAGUAAUGCUUUUAUCAGUAGUAUUUUCCAAACAUUGUGUGGAUUUUUGAUGUUUAUUUGGCACGCUUUAAAAAUGUUAUGGGUAGUAAUUAAUUUUUGUUAUUAUUUCUGUGGUUGCAGUAUUUUGUCACUCUGCGAUGCUAGUUCAGAGGGAAUGCAUGGAUUCCAUCACGUUUAAGAGUGAUACAGUACUUUCCGAUGUCCACAUGUACACACCAAAUAUUAGGCACCUUAUGGUGAGACUAAAUGCAGUUGGACAACCAGAACAUAAAAGGCACGCAUAGAGGAUUGGCUGACUGGCAGAAGGCAGAGAGUGGGAAUAAAGUGGUCUUUUUCAAGAUUGCAGCUGUCUUUGUGUCAAAGUUUAAAAUCCUACGGAAUAUUAUUAUCUGCAACAAAGAUGACUCAGGAGACUUCAGCAGUGAAGAAAAUAGAGUACUUGAUGCAGAUGAUGUUUUAACUGGUCAAAUGGGUUGCAGCUAUGCUGCUGCAAGUGAAAAGAAAUUUGAAGUGACAAAAGACACAGUGCAUACUGAAACCCUGCUAGAUGAUGAUGGAGAUCUGAAUGUUAUUCGGAGACCUGUUGACUUCCUUUGUUAUGAAAAAAAUCUAUGGAGAGAGAAAGUAUAUCCUACCAUUAUAAGUAAAGGGGAGGAGUAUUCCUCUGAGGAGUAUGAGGAGGAUUGCAGUAUUUCCAAAGAGAUCAGAAUAGAACACACUAUGGAUACUACUUUGGAGGAUGUUGGAAAACAGGUAUGGCGUGGUGCCUUUCUUCUUGCUGAUUACAUUUGGAAUAAUAGUUACCUAUUCAGAGACUGCACAGUGUUGGAGUUGGGAGCAGGCACGGGAAUGACCAGCAUUGUCAUGGCAACUGUUGCUAAGACUAUUUAUUGCACAGAUGUUGGUGAAGACUUACUAAAUAUGUGUGAAAGAAAUAUCAUUGUAAACAAGCAUAUUUAUGAGGCAGCAGGAAGUGAAAUUAAAGUAAGAGAACUGGACUGGCUGAGAGAUGAUUUAUGUACAGACACUAAGAACCCAUAUUGUUGGUCAGAAGAAGAAAUAGCUCAUAUGUACGAUCAUACUGAUGUGCUACUUGCUGCUGAUGUAUUCUAUGAUGAUGAUUUGACAGAUGCAUUUUUUCAGACCAUCUACAGAAUUUUGAGCAAUUUGAAAAAUCCAAGCACCAUAUAUCUUUCUGUAGAGAAACGGCUCAACUUUACCUUGAGAAAAAUGGAUGUUACAUGUGAUGCAUAUGAUCAUUUUCGAUUGUGUUUGGCUGACUUGGAAAACAUCUGUGAUGGGAGAACUAAAUUUAUUGUGGAACCCAUCAAAAGUUCGUUUCCACAGUUCCUUUCUUAUGAGCGAGUGGAACAGUUGGAACUGUGGAAAAUUAUUGCUGAGCCAUUUAAAAGCAACGCACAACAAUAGAAUGGUUAUUGUGAUUGAAAGUGCAUUCAGAGGAGUGUUGCUCGUUUCUUCAGUUUGUUGAAGACUUUAACUGAAAAGUCUUGCAAACUGUUUAAAUAGUAAGGUAUAAUAACUAUCUUACAUCGUUCAAUGCUACAACAGUAACUGCAGCAAGGAAAUUACUUCACAAAUGUUACUGGAGGAAGUCUUAAUAUACUUGAAUCACAUUUCUCUACUAUUUAAACAGGUACUGACCUUUACAAUGAAUCUGUCAAUGCAUACAAAAAAUAGAGACAAAAAACUUUUAUACAGUGAAAUUACUUAGAUUAUAACAAAUGCUUCCCAUCAACUUAAUUGUCAUUAUCCUGAUAUCAUAAGAGGUCUACUGUCUCUAACAUAACAGUGGAAUUUUAAAUAAGCACAUAAAUAUGAAAAUAUUUUCUGUACUAAUUUGUGUUUAUACCUUUACUCAUAAGAUGUACUUUCAUUUUUUCCAUUCUUACAAUUCUCAACCUAAAACACACAACGUGAAAUAUAUUCACUAAAAAAAGAAAGGGAGGAAUUAUUUUUAAUAAAAUGGAUUUCAAUUGCUUGUAAACUUUUACCAUAUUGAGUUAGAACACUUAAGCACUGAAUCAGACAAUAUAGGUGAAGGCUAUUCAGCCCAUUAUGGCUAUGCCAGGUCUUUGAAAGAGCUAUCCAGUUAAUUACACUGCAUAUAACUGGAACUUUUCCUUUUCAUUUCCCUAAUGAAAUUUAUGAUUGAAUCUGUUUAUAAUACCCUUCAAGCAGUGUAUUCCAGACAUCAUAACUCUCUGCAUUAAAUAAAUUCACCCAUCCAAUCUGCCCUCAACCCUAUGUUUGUUUGCUGAUAUCUCAAUUCAGUGCUCUUUAAUUAUUGAAACUCUUUCUACUUCUCUUUCUAAAUUCUUCGUAGUUUUUGAUAAGCCUCUAUUAAAUCUACUCUUAGCAUUCUUUGCUCUGAGGAAUGCAAUCCCACUUUCCUCUAAUGUCUCCACACAUCUGAAAUCUAAUCAAUUCAUUUCAAAGAUCCUUGAUGUUCUAAUACAGCUGUAGCCAAACAUUUAACUGAAUAUGAUGUUGUGGUUCUGUUCGCCGAGCUGGAAGUUUUUGUUGCAAACGUUUCGUCCCCUGGCUAGGCGAAAUCAUCA